GCGGAUUUUUGGCUCACCCACCGGGAGGGGGGGGGGGUGUCCCGCUGCCCCAGGACCCCCAUCCCGGGCUGGGGGGUGUCCCGGAGAUCCCCUUCCCAUAUUUCCCAUAUUUCCCACCCUGUCCCUGCUCUCCCGACCCCUCCCCAGCAGGGUCGGGGGUCCCCAAAUUCUCGGGUACCACCGGGGGGGGGGGUGUCCCGCUGCCCCAGGACCCCCAGCCCGGCCUGGGGGGGGGUUGUCCCGGAGAGCCCCUUCCCACCUUUCCCACCCCGACCCUGCCGGGGGUCCCCAAAUUCCUCGGGUCCCACCCGGGAGGGUCCAUCGGGGUGAUGGAGCCGGAGCGGGGCGGGGUCCCCUGAGCCCCGCACGGUGCCGGGGGGGCCCGUGGGAGGUUUUUUUUGGGGGGGCUGAUGGUUGAGUUACCUCUAGAGGGCUCUGGGUGAGCGAGCUCGGCUGCUCCUCUCGGCAUCUCCUCCCUCCCGGAUACCGGCUCCGGGUUUCCGGAGCUCAAACCCGGCCCGAAACCCCCCUUUGUGUCCUGCCGAGGGGGGGGAUUUGAGGUCCUGGGGGGUCCCCGGGGGUCCCGCCUGGGAAGGGAGGAGCCUUUUCCCCAAGGAAACCCCCGUGGAAGCGGCUCCGGGAUCGGCAGGCAGGCGAUUUUUGGGAUCGUUCUCCCGCCAUGGAGCCCUGGGCGCCGCUGGACCCGCGGCAGAAGGAGCUGUACCGGGACGUGAUGCACGAGAGCUACGAGACCCUCCUGUCCCUGGCAGCUCAGGGGCUGCUGAGCGAAAAGGCGGCGGUGGAAGACGCCGGAGCAGCCGAGCCCGCCGAGGGUCCGGGGGCGGUCUCGGAGCGGGAGAAGCCCCUCGGCUCCCACCGGCGCAAAGCCAAGCGCCCGGACCGGGCCGUGCCCCCCGGAACCCCGGCGGCGGUGCCCAAACCCGAGCCCGAGGAGGGGCCGUGCCGGGAUCGGCCCUUCGGCUGCGCCGACUGUGGGAAGAGCUUCCCGUGGGCCUCCCACCUGGAGCGGCACCGGCGCGUCCACACCGGGGAGAGGCCCUUCGGCUGCCCCGAGUGCGGCGAGACCUACAGCCAGAGCUCGCACCUGCGGCAGCACCGGCGCGGCCACGCCGGCGACCGCCCGCACCGGGGAGGCCGGGGCGGCGGCCAGCGCUUCGCCGGCGCGGCCCCGCGGCCCCACCGCUGCGGCGACUGCGGCAAGGCCUUCGCCUGGGCCUCGCACCUCGAGCGGCACCGGCGCGUCCACACCGGCGAGCGGCCCUUCGGCUGUGCCGAGUGCGGCGAGCGCUUCAGCCAGGCCUCCCACCUGGCCAAGCACCGGCGCGGCCACUCCGCCGCCGCCGAGCGGCCUCACCGCUGCCCGGCCUGCGGCAAGACCUUCCGGCAGAGCGCGGAGCUGGCGCGGCACCGGGGCGCCCACCUGGGCCGGCGGGCCCUGCGCUGCGGCCACUGCGGGCGGCUGUUCCGCGCCGGGCCGGCGCUGGCGCGGCACCAGCGCCGCCACCACCGGCCCGAGCGCUCGCACCGCUGCGCCGACUGCGGCAAGGCCUUCGUGUGGGCCUCGCACCUCGAGCGGCACCGGCGCGUCCACACCGGCGAGCGGCCCUUCCCCUGCGGCAGCUGCGGCGGGCGCUUCGCCCAGAAGGCCCACCUGCUGCAGCACCGCAAGACCCACUCGCCCGACCGGCCCUACAAGUGCGGCGACUGCGGGAAGCGCUUCGGCGAGGCCGCCCCGUUCCUGGCGCACCAGCGCGGCCACGCCGCCCGCAAGGGCUUCGCCUGCGGCCUCUGCGGGAAGGGCUUCGCCUGGGCCUCGCACCUCGAGCGCCACCGGCGCGUCCACACCGGAGAGAGGCCCUUCGGCUGCCCCGAGUGCGGCGAGGCCUUCAGCCAGGCCUCCCACCUCGCCAAGCACCGCCGCAGCCACCUCCACAAGGCCGCAGGGCCACCCCUCGCCGGGACCCGGCCCCAGGUCGGGGACGAGCCCCAAGUCAUCACGGACUCACCGGGAGCUCACGGCGCCGAGGAGGCCUCGGGGGCCGAGACCCCCUGAAGGGCUGAGACGCCCUGAAGGACCAAGACCCCUCCCUUGGAGUGACGGAGGAGCCCUGAGGGGCCAAGACCCCUUCAAGGACCGAGACCCCCUGAAGG